CUCUAAAGGAAAAUAAUGGUAUAACUAGUUAUUAGACACAAAAAUCUUGAACGUCUCUCUGAUUAAGUCCUGGAUGUCUUUCCAGGUGGGUUAUUGCUGAUAGGUACUUGUUGCGGUUUGAACUAGCAUUUGUUUAUCAGCUCCUUGUCUUAAGUCAGAGAGAGGGAUUUUGAGAGUGUGUUGGCUUUUUCUUAAACAAACCUCACCUCAAGCAUGCUUUGUUUUCAAGAGAUGUAUUUGAGUUGGGAGAUGAGUAUUUGGGUGGCAGACGUCUUCUCGUGGGUUUCUUAGAGAGCCGCUAGUUAUUGAUUUCAGGUGGCUUUGCUCCUCAUCCUGUCCUCUGUUUGUCUCUUUGCAAUGAGGAUGCUGAGAACAGCAGGUUAAUGACUCCUGAAGUCAGUGCUGCCAAACAGCUCCUCUGUUUUCAUGGGCAGGUUCAUCCUUCACACGUGCUGAUGGAGGGGCAUAUGGGACUCUCCUCUGUGUUGGAAGAGGUCAGGAUCACCGAGGCGUCAUUGGGCACCUUCAUGAAAGGGAUCUAUACCUGUGUCAAGAUGUUCUGAAGAAUAACAAUUACCCUUAGGAAUGUCUACUGUUACAAAAUGACUAAAGAGAAUCUUAGCAUCUUCCAUUUUGCCAUCAUCUUCAUAUUAAUACUUGAGAUCAGAAUUCAAUUAUCUGAGGAAAGUGAAGUUUUAGUUGACAGAUCAAAAACAGGUCUCACCCAUGUUCCCAAAGACCUAUCCUUGGAAACGACAAUCUUAGAUCUAUCACAAAACUCUAUCUCUGAGCUUCAGACUUCUGACAUCCUCUCACUAUCAAAGCUGAGGGUUUUCAUAAUUUCUCAUAAUAGAAUACAGUAUCUUGAUGUCAGUGUUUUCAAAUUCAACCAGGAACUGGAAUACUUGGAUUUGUCCCACAACAAGUUGGAGAAGAUUUCGUGCCACCCUAUGCUGAACCUCAAGCACUUGGACCUCUCAUUUAAUGCAUUCGAUGCCCUGCCCAUAUGCCAAGAGUUUGGCAGUAUGUUUCAACUAGAAUUUCUGGGGUUGAGUGCCACACAGUUACAAAAAUCCAGUGUGUUGCCAAUCGCUCAUUUGCAUAUCGGUAAGGUUUUACUUGUCUUAGGAGACUCUUACGGGGAAAGAGAAGACCCUGAGAGCCUUCAAGACCUUAACACACAGAGUCUGCACAUUGUUUAUCCCCCAGGAAAGGAAUUUCAUUUUAUGUUGGACGUGUCAGUCAGCACCGCAGUAAAUCUGGAACUGUCCAAUAUCAGAUGUGUGCUGGAUGCUAACGGAUGUCAUCACUUCCAAAAUGUUCUAUUGAAACUUCAAAAGAACUCAAAGUUAUCCAACCUGACUUUGAACAACAUUGAAACCACUUGGAAUUCUUUCAUCACCACCCUCCAGUUUGUCUGGCAUACAAGCAUCGAGUAUUUCUCCAUUUCCAGUGUGAAACUACAAGGUCAGCUGGACUUCAGAGAUUUUGAUUAUUCUGACACGUCACUGAAGGCCUUGUCUCUACACCAAGUUGUCAGUGAGGUGUUCAGUUUCCCACAAAGUUACAUCUAUAAAAUCUUUUCAAAUAUGAACAUUCAGUAUCUCACAGUGUCUGCCACACACAUGGUCCACAUGGUUUGCCCAUCCCAAAUUAGCCCAUUUCUAUAUUUGGAUUUUUCCAAUAAUGCCUUAACAGACAUGGUUUUUAAAAAUUGUGCAAACUUGGCUAAUUUGAACACACUCAGUUUACAAAUGAAUCAGUUAAAAGAACUUGUGAAUGUCAUCCAUAUGACCAAAGAAAUGCAGUCUCUACAGCAAUUGGAUGUUAGCCAGAAUACCCUGAGGUAUGAUGAAAAUGAGGGAAGUUGCACUUGGACCGGAAGUUUAUUAAGUUUAAAUUUAUCUUCAAAUAUACUCACUGACUCUGUUUUCAGAUGUUUACCUCCCAGGAUCAAGGUUCUUGAUCUUCACAAUAACAGAAUAAGGAGCAUCCCUAAGGAUGUCGCCCAUCUGGAAGCUCUGCAAGAACUCAAUGUUGCUUCCAAUUCUUUAGCUCACCUGCCUGGAUGUGGUUCCUUUAGCAGCCUUUCCAUUCUGACCAUUGACUAUAAUUCAAUUUCCAACCCAUCAGCUGACUUCUUCCAGAGCUGCCAGAAGAUUAGGUCCCUCAAAGCAGGGAACAAUCCAUUCCAAUGUACAUGUGAGCUAAGAGACUUCAUCCAAAGUCUAGGUCAAGUAUCGAGUGACGUGGUAGAGAGUUGGCCUGAUUCUUACGAGUGUGAGUAUCCAGAAAGCUAUAAGGGGACUCUGCUCAAGGACUUCCGUGUAUCUGAAUUAUCCUGCAACACAGCUCUGCUGAUUGUCACCAUCGGAGUCACUGGGCUGGCACUGGCUCUUACCAUGACCGGCCUCUGUGUCUACUUUGAUCUGCCCUGGUAUCUCAGGAUGCUGUGUCAGUGGACCCAGACUCGGCGCAGGGCUAGGAAUGUACCCUUAGAAGAACUCCAAAGAACUCUCCAGUUCCAUGCCUUCAUUUCAUAUAGUGGGCAUGAUUCUGCUUGGGUAAAGAAUGAAUUACUACCAAAUGUAGAAAAAGAAGGUAUAAAGAUUUGUCUCCAUGAGAGAAACUUUGUUCCUGGCAAGAGCAUCAUGGAAAAUAUCAUAAACUGCAUUGAGAAAAGCUACAAGUCCAUCUUUGUUUUGUCUCCCAACUUUGUCCAGAGCGAGUGGUGCCACUAUGAACUCUACUUUGCCCACCACAACCUCUUCCAUGAAGGGUCUGAUAACUUAAUCCUGAUCUUGCUGGAUUCCAUUCCACAGUAUUCCAUCCCCAGCAGCUAUCACAAACUCAAAGCUCUCAUGGCACAGCGAACUUAUUUGGAAUGGCCCAAGGAGAAGAGCAAACAUGGACUUUUUUGGGCUAAUCUGAGAGCAUCCAUUAAUAUUAAAUUGAUGGAGAAAGCAGAAGAAAUAAGUUACACACAGAUCUAAAAAUAUUCCUCUGCUGCUUUUGUGAAAAUGUUGCUGCUUUUGGAAGCCUCAACAAUGACUUUAUCUUGCAUCAACACAGACAUAAACAUGAUUUUUGAAUUGAGGAUGUAGAUAAAAAUGUAUACAUCCUUUUGGGUCCCAGGUCCCCAUGUAUACAUGGUAAUAAAAGUUGAUGAAGUGAUAUAAUUUUUAUUUAAAUAA